AUGGCGAAGAGUAAAGUAGCCCCAAUUAAGCAGCUUACAGUUCCAAAGCUAGAACUUUGUGCAGCACUUCUUGCAGCAAGACUUUGUCAACAUAUAAAGUCAGCUAUUGACUGUAAAACCUCAAGAGACUCAUUACAAACACCAAAUAUUAUAGAGAUUCUAGACUUCCAGAGAUAUAAUUCAUAUAUGAAACUAUUACGUGUUACGGCCUACGUCAACCGAUUUGUUAACAAUUGCAGACGUUCAGAGAAAAUACGUGGACCUUUAGAGACACACGAGAUGGAUGUAGCAGCCAGACAACUAAUAAUACACGUGCAACGACAAAAUUACCCAGAAGUGAAAAAGUACCUGUUAGAAAACAAAUCUAGCAGGUCAAGAAGACCAACUAUAGUAACACAGCUAGAUCUUUUUAUGGAUGACGAUAAGCUAAUUCGUUGCGGCGGUAGAUUACAUAAUGCACCGUUACAAGAAAGCACGAGAUUCCCGUACCUUCUUCCGUCUAAACAUCAAUUUACAGACCUUAUCAUAAAGGACGCACAUAUUGUUCAGCUUCAUUCCGGUACAGCAAGUACUGUCACAUUUCUUCGUCAAAAGUACUGGAUUCCAAGUAUUCGUCAACGUGUCCGGAAAAUUGUUCGCUCGUGCGUCACGUGCCGCAAGGUAACAGGUAAAGCAUAUAGUAUUCCCGACGCCCCACCUUUACCGAGCAACAGAUUGAAACAAGCACCAUCAUUCACUGUGACAGGGAUAGAUUUCACUGGAGCAUUGACAGUAAAAACACCUCAUGGAGAUCUACAAAAGGCAUAUAUUUGUCUUUUCACGUGCGCAAAUACACGAGCUAUCCAUUUAGAGAUUGUGUCAGACUGUGGAAUCAUUCAUUUUGGCUCUACGGCGUUUCUUCAGUAG